AUGGCUCUCUCUCCGCAGCAAAUUGACCUCCUGGCGAGGAAGGAGGACGCUGGCGCUGAGGCUGAACGCAUGAUGCGCGAGACGAAGAACUCCCUUUUGUUCCAGUUCCGAUGGGAGGACCUUCUCAUGUCAAGUCCAGUUGUUCUGAACUGCAUAAGUGCUUGCAUAGUCGCUGCAGGCUCUCCAGAUGCCAAUGUCACCUUUACGCCUCCCAGGGACGGGUUCAAGUACUUGGUUGACUUUGGUGGCAAGUACGGACUCCAGGCCAAUUUGAUGAGGUGCACCGACUUGGGUCGAUUUACCUUCAUUGAGACAGAGUCGAGCAUGGGCAAGAUCAACAUGUUGGCGCAAAGAUUCCACCAAACGUUUGAUGAUAUAUUGCAAGUCCUUUGGAGCCCAGAGGACGCAAGGAGGAUGCUUCGAGUACAGUUGGAAACAUUGUGCCGUUCAUCUUUGGAAUGCUUCGAAGCUGCGAAGGCAAUCGAUGAGAAGCUUGAAGAGUGGCUCUACCAUGCUUGCGAGCUUCACCUGGCCUGUGUCGCGACCCAGGCUUCCAACCAAGACCACCUGUCUGUGAACGAGAUCGAACUGGCUGUCACCAAGGCAUCAAUUGAUUAUCGAAAGCAGACUGCUGAUGAGGCCAAGGCUGUAACAAGGAACCUGGAACAGUCCCUGGACGCAGCUACUGAGGCAUAUAAGAAGGCCUCGGAUGAUUUCCCAACUGGUUGGGAUAUCAUUGGUGAGCGCAUUGUCGAACAGCUGGCUGAUAGCUUGACCACGGCCUUGAACCAAGCCAUUCCCGCUCUAGUAUCCAACUUGAGCCCAGUUGCAAAGGCUUCAGCGUACACUGAUAUGGCGAAAAGCAUAAUCGGCAAAGAUGGCAACAAGAAUGCGACGCCCGACAACGGCGUGGCACCAGCUCCUAACGCUCCGAGUGCGACCAGGCCGAAGGAUGCAGCCGACCCUGCUUACAACCAGGUUGGGCGUGGCCUGAUUUAUUGGGAUCUCAUCAACGCUGUCUUCAUUGGCACGGACGGCGGCAUCGACUGGGACAAGGCGAAGGGAGAAGCAGGCAAGCCUGGCCAACCUACGGCCUUUGCGGCCAAGAUGCUGGGUAAUUUGCAACAACUGUUUGCCUCUUUGGCCACUUCUGCAGAGCCCAGUCAACAAUACAAAGCCGCUUUGGAAACAGUUUGCAAGAUCGCAACUGGUAUUGUCGCCGAGCUGGACAAGGCCACUGCGCCAGCCAAGGAUUCGGCUCUUGUCAAUGGUUGGCAGAAGGACUUCCUGAACGCGUAUGCAAAGGCAGUCGAGCUGAACACAACCGCCAAAACCCUCCCGGGAUCGAUGGCUAAUGGAAGCGUUGUGCCAGCCAGAGGCGUUGACCAAGAUACCCAAACAGCUCAGAUCCAUGCCAAGACAACACAGGCCCAGGCGGUUCUUGAAUCGGCGAAGAAUCAGCUGAACACUGCAUCGGCAGCCUUGACUGCCACCCAGGAGACCUACCAGAAGUCCACUGCACUUCUUGGUGAGCAGAAGAACAAGUUGGGUGAGCUCAAUGCCUCGCUGGAUCGCCUCAAGGCUUCGAGUCUGAAGAUGGAUGCAAUCAAGUCGAUCCUCGUUCAUUGCAUCACAUUGGUCCUGAAGCUCAAGAACGAGAUCACAAAUCUCGUGCGGUUCUUCAAGGCCAUCGUGGCGAUCAUUCAGUUCGUCGCUGAGAAGCAUGCCAACCCAUACAUUGAGACUCUCAAGGUGAUCACCAGCGGCGGUGACGAUCCAGGCGAAUCGUACAAGCUCGGACCGUACACGUUGACGGACCUGCAACAAAGUACGUGCUUUAACAGCAUCAUUACCAUUCGAUCUUACUACUCGGUCUUUGGCGACAUUGGUUCCAUGUGGAACCAGGUCUCGCGAUCGUCCGUCUUCCCGGGACUGCAUAUUGUCGACCAAAUUUCCUCUUUCGACCCAAGAGAAGACUCUAGCAUGAUCCGCAGGAGAGCAACUGAGCUUCAAGAGUGGUCAAAAAGGGCAAUCGACGAUAUUACGAGGAAGGCGAAGGAAAGACAAUCCAAGAUCAAAAACGCUAUGGAGUCACACGUAGCCGAGAUCGGCGAGAAGUCCAAGAGGCUUCCAUCUGCUGUACCCGAGAUCUCCAAGGCCAUCACUUCUGGAGCAGAGACAGCUCAGAGAGCUGCUCAGCAAGGGAUUCAAACAGAAGCAGACCAAAGCCUUCUGAUGAAGCCGCUCGCCACUCGGGACACAUUCUGA